AUCACGGCGCCUAGAGCGAGGCUAGGGUAGAGAGGCCGACCGAGCUGGAGUCGUCGGCUUGUGGAGGAAGCAGCUGGGAGCUGGCGAGAGCGUGAGCGGGCGGGCCGGCGAACGAGCGAGCGCAGGCGGGAGGGAGCGGCGCACGGCGCGGAGCAGCGGGAGCCCGGGCCGCGGCGAAGCCUCCGUCGGAGGGCAGCCCGAGCGGGCGCCUCGGUCCCCGCCCCCACUCGGCGGGGCAGUGCCCGGUGUUCCCCCGUGCGGGGGGCGGCGGCGGCGGCUGAGCGGACCCCACGGGACCGCGCGGGUGUUGCCACCUCGGCCGAGGAGCCGGCGAGGCCGCGGGGCCCUGCGAGCUGGGCCCGGGGCCCGUGACAGACGGGCCGAGGAGGGGAGAGAGGCGGCGGCGGCGCAGGCGACGGGGAGGCAGCGGCAGCGGCGACACCAUGUCAUCCCCCAGUCCCGGCAAGAGGCGGAUGGACACGGACGUAGUCAAGCUCAUUGAAAGCAAACAUGAGGUUACAAUCCUAGGAGGUCUCAAUGAAUUUGUUGUCAAGUUUUAUGGACCACAAGGAACACCAUAUGAAGGUGGGGUGUGGAAAGUGAGAGUUGACCUUCCUGAUAAAUAUCCUUUCAAGUCUCCAUCUAUAGGAUUCAUGAAUAAAAUUUUCCAUCCCAACAUUGAUGAAGCGUCAGGAACUGUGUGUCUAGAUGUAAUUAAUCAAACUUGGACAGCUCUCUAUGAUCUUACCAAUAUAUUUGAGUCCUUCCUGCCCCAGUUGCUGGCCUACCCUAACCCCAUAGACCCUCUCAAUGGUGACGCCGCAGCCAUGUACCUCCACCGGCCAGAAGAGUACAAGCAGAAGAUUAAAGAGUACAUCCAGAAGUACGCAACUGAGGAGGCCCUGAAGGAGCAGGAGGAGGGCACUGGCGACAGCUCAUCAGAGAGUUCUAUGUCUGACUUCUCAGAAGAUGAGGCCCAGGACAUGGAGUUGUAGUAGAAAAGGCAUCUGCUUUUCAGAAAGACUAUUAUUUCCUAACCAUGAGAAGCAGACUCUAAUAUUCAUAUUUAAACAAAGCAAUUUUUUUUAUUACUAAACAAGGUUUUUAUGAAUAAUAGCAUUGAUAUAUAUAUAUUAUAUAUCACCCUUUAGAUCUUGAUUUCUUGGUCAUUUCUCAACCUGAGGUGCAUAGCAUAUUCCCACAUUCCAUUUUGGUAGCAAUAUGCGGUCCGAAUGCAUGCAUUCAUAAGUCCAUUUGGCCAAGUCAGCCUGUGUGCUACUGAACUGUCAGGAGAUUGCCGCUCUGAUAGGGAAACAUGAGAAAAACAGGAAAAGUUUGCUUCUUUUUAUUGAUGGUUCCAAAGAAACAAACCAAAUCUACCAGCUCUUGGAUGAAGAUAGAACAGUGCUUUUCCAGAGUGGGAAGGAAGGGUUGAGAAGCGUGCGUGCGUUGAGAGCCUCCAUGGAAGCUGCUCUGUCCUUGUCAGCUGCUCCCUAGUCCUGAGUGAGGAGCAGCGGGAGCCGGGAGUUGAGUGAGAAGUGAGACUUAGGGCUUUUGGUUUUUUGGUUUUUUUUUUUUUUUUUUUGACUCAGAUUUAAGUGCAUUUUUCUAGGUAGGUUCCUGCCCUCCGUGCUAUCAGGCCUGCAGCCACAUUGGUUUGCCUUGGAAAGAGAACAUUUGGGGAGCAUUUUCUGAGCCCAUUUCUUCGUGGGGUGUACAGCUUUUCAUCCAGCAGAGCUUUUUGAGAGAACAGGACUGGAGGAGAAGUGACUGAAGAUGCCAAGUGACACCCAGGCCUAGCGCUGGCCUGUCGGAGACCAUUGCCUGGGCAGCUGGAGACUGGAAGCAGCUUUGUUUGGAUUUUUGUUUUUCUUUUUAUUUGUGUGAAUUGUACCUAGACAGGUUACAGAUUUAAUUUUCACCUACCAAGAGACAGUCUCCUCCCUGGACAAGGCACUCAGUGGACCAUCAGAUGGAGGAAGACUGGCCUCGUCAUCGACCCUUGACCUCCAGCCUUAGUUUUCCUCCUGGAAGCUGCCAGCUGCUUACAGGAGUAGGUAGUGUGGGUGUCUGAGACCCAGAACAUCCUAAAUUUACGAUGGGUAACAGUUGAAACAAACGGAAGUUUUUGUACCAAAGUGGUCCGAGGUGGGAAGAACCACUUUCGUGAGUUGUUACGGAGGCAGGUAGGCGGGGGCAACACUUCUCCCUCCGUGGUAACCAGUAAUGGCCAGUCAGUCGGCCGGAGGUGCCUGGCCUGCUGCUACCAGCUAACUGCCAUCCAGAGGGCCCAGCAGUUCAGACCUGACUCUGGAGGGAAUUUGGAGACAGUUUAGACAGCAGCUCUGCUCUGUAUUCUUUUUGCCGAAACCAGAACAGUAGAAGUAGCCAAUCACAAGACCUUCUGAAGACAUUCUGAAUGUCCCACUGGACUAACCUUUCUUUUGAUGUGUGUUUUAGUUUAGAAGUGCUAUAUUCCACAAGGUUAAGUCGGUGAGGUUGGAAGACACCUAUCUUUUUUUUUUUUUAAUUAAAAAAGCACAAUCAGUCUUUCCUUUGAAAAUCUAUAUAAAGUACAACUUCUAGCAUGAUUAUUUUCCUAAAUAAAAAGACAAAUAAUUUACUUAUGUUAAUUACGGGCAUGAAGCAAAAGGUCUCCUUGGGGAAAUGCAGUUGUGGGGUGCUUGGCUUGGGUCGCCGCCCAUCCUCUGGCACCCUGGCCUGUGGAGAGGCGGCUUGAGCUGUGUGCCGUGUAACUGCUUGCCUGGCCGCUGUCCUCCGCUGUGGUCCCCUGCAGCCUGCUUCCCUGCGGAUGCCCUUUGCUCCUGCCAUAGCUUCACGUGAGUGCUACCUAGGCAGGCUCGAACCGCGGGGUGCUGAUUGUGAAGUCGGACAAUAGAAAAUGUAUUUUUUUCAAUGCUGUAUAAAAAUAGUAUUCUGAUUACCUCCCCCUCAAUAAAAAAAAAAAAAGUCCAGAUAAUUGCUUUUGAUAUUGAUGGAAAAAAAAAUACAAAACCCAUCAAAACAGAGCCAAGUUUGGGGAGCGGGUGAGUAGUUGCGGCCCUUGACCCUCCCCAGGAUCUGCAUUGCUCCAGUGGGGAGACAUUCCCGCGCCUCUGCACAGCCUGAGCACAGAGUGUGGCGUCCAGACUUAUGAUGAAGCACUGGCGUUCCCGUGACUGCCCCCAUGUCACUCCACCCUCGAUACUGGUGCCAGUCUGGUUCAGUGCACGUUGCAGCUCUCUGGGCCUUGACUCUGUUAGGAAGUCUGCAAGCAUUCGGCCCUCCCUGCUCCUAGCUACUAGGCGACCACACCCUAAUUACAAAGGAGCAGGGGGAAGGGUCUGCCUGGGACCGAGGACUCUGGGUCCCCGCAGUACAUAAGUGAGAUCUGCAGCAGUAAGUCUGCCUGCCCAUUAGCUCCUGGGUGUUGAGGUCCUGCCUUGUGCUUUACUAGUGGAAGCCGUCCUUAGCCCCUGUUGAUGACUUGAGCCCUUGCCAAACACCGACAAGCAGGUGGCUGUGCAUGGCAGCCCAAACCUGCCCCGCUCCUGUGCCCCUGGAAGCCCAGCACCAGGGCCAGUGGGCUGCGUUCCAUGGUUGCCAACCUAGACCCCUGGCAUUUGAAAUUGUUUUAUCGGCGGUCUCCGCCCUCUCGGUGCGGAGCUGCCUCAACCAGCGUUUCUAUUAAUGAGUUAUCAGAAGUUGCACCAUCUCUCCAGCACUAGAGUGUUUGUCCACUUCAAACGCUGUUCUAAUUGCCAACCGGCUGAUCUAGGCUCCCGAGGAGUACCCCUUCUCAGGAACCGCGCCCUGGAAAGGGCUCCCUGGAGUUCUAGGUAGCCUUGACCUGAUACUUGCAUUUUCUAGGCCACCUUUUGGAGUGGCUAAGAAUCAUGACAGAUCCUCUGCCAGUUUCUAGUCUCUCUGGGUCAGAUUUCUGAGUGCUGGCAUUGGAUUUUAAGUGGCAUGUGACCCUUCUGUGUUUUAGUGAUUCAGAAAAAAAGCCCAUUUGCAAAAGUUAGCAGUUUGUUUUGUCAGCUUCUAACCGGGUCAUAGCCUUGCUGAGUGAAACCAACUUCUGAUUGGGCACAAAGAACUGCAUUCUUUGGACUUCUGAAUCCAUGUUCAUCUUCCUCUGGCCGCUCAACACCUUGGCCAGCUCUUUAGGAAUUGGACGGAGUGGUGGCCCCUGGGGGCCAGGGGUGUGCGGCUUCCCGCGCCUGAGGAGUGGCCAGGGCCCUUGGUUUAGCAAUUACUCGGCUGUGGGUGUGGGAAGAAAUGGCCUUUAAUUACUGAUUGUAUUUGGUACACAUUGUGUGAUACUUGAAGAGAUAAAAGGGACUUACCGGCCCUUAAUUGAAAUCUAAGCUUUUUACCGCUUUCCCUCCUCACCCUAUCGCCUCCUUCCGCCUUCCUUGCAUUGUGAUGAUCUAGUGGGCAUGUCUGUCACCUGGACAAAUGCCUCCUCUGACUAUAACCUCUUAAUAGUUGUGUAUAAUGAAAACUGUAAACUUUUUUAAAUAAAAUGUGUAUAUACCUUGGCAAA